AUGAGCAACGUCAACCGCAUCGCUCCAGCCGGCAUCGUCUCAAUCUGCUUCUUCAUCGCCAUCUUCACCAUCCUCCUCUAUCGACAUCUCGAUUACACCUCGGACCAGAACCCGACCGACCGCUCCGGUGUGGUCCACAACCCAAAUGCUCCUCCCAUUCCGCCUCCCACCGAGAUCAUUUCCAUGCGCAUCUACCCCAUCAAGUCCUGCCGGGGCAUUGAAAUCGACAGUACCCGUCUCCGCAAGACUGGCCUCACCCUCGACCGGAACUGGAUGUUCAUCGGCCUCUCCGACCGCACCUUUCUCACCAUCCGCGGAGAUCCCUCCAUGACGCUCAUCGACACAGCCAUCAUCUCUCCUCCCUCCGGCGAGCAGCAACUCAAAGUCUCCAUUCACGGUACCUCGGACUCCAUCACCGUCCCCGCCUUCCCCUCCAAAGCCUGGCUCGACAAGAACACCACCCUCUCCACCGUCUCAAUCUGGGGCUCUGACACAGACGCCUAUGAAUACUCCGAGUCCAUCAACGCCAUCUUCACCAAGUUCUUCAAGAAACCCGUCGCUCUGGUUUACAAAGGUCCCACCGCCCGCAACGUCGCCGUCAACGGCCGCGAAGAACUCUACGGGAAACCUGUUGCGCACAAAUUCGCCGACGUCAUGUCUCUACAAGUCGCAUCGCAGGCUUCGAUUGACAACCUCAACUCUCGUCUCGGGCACAAAGCCGGUUCUCCAGAUGCCCUGACGAUCGAGCGGUUCCGGCCGAACAUCAUCGUCGCCGGCCGCCCCGACCACCCAUGGGAAGAAGACACCUGGAAACGCAUCCGCAUCACCACCUCCUUGCCAAAGGAGGAAGCGAUCUAUAAAAUCGACUUGGAUGUCGUGGCGCGAUGCGCUCGCUGCCAAGUUCCCAACGUCAACCCAGACACGGCGGAGAAGCACGCGCACCAACCCUGGGAUCAACUAAUGAAGUUCCGACGGGUGGAUGAAGGCGGCGCGGCAAAGUGGAAGCCGUGUUUCGGCAUGUUGUGUAUUCCGAAGAGCGAAGGGAAAGUCGAGAUUGGCGCGAAGGUGGAGGUGUUGGAGACGACGGAUAAGCAUUUGUAUGAUAAGAGAGGUUUUGGGGAGCUGUAA